GGUCAGAGGGUUGUGUGGCUGGAAGGCCGAGGAGCAGAGAGAAGGCUGUCUGAAGGCAUGGCUGAGACACAGCACGUUUGACCAAAGAACUGUAUCCUGAACUUUUCUGAUCCUGAAUUGUAGCCUGUGAACUCCUCGAAGAAACCCCAUCAUUAUGACACAGCACUUCCAGGUAUAAAACCGGUGGAGGAGAAUGCGGUGAUCCAGUGAGCCAAGGUGUCCCCCUGCUUCUGAGACCUGACAUAUUGAAAAGCCAUCAUCGGCCUCCAGGAAAAGGAAGGAUGGCCCUCAGUCCCCGGAGCCUGGGCCUUUUCUUUAUCUACCUCAUCUCCUUUCUCAUUGGUCUUCCCGCCAACCUGCUGGCCAUGCGGGCUUUCAUCGGGCGGGUCCGGCAGCCUCAGCCUGCCCCCAUCCACGUCCUGCUCCUCAGCCUGACGCUGGCAGACCUCCUUCUGCUGCUGCUGCUGCCCUUCAAGAUCAUGGAGGCCGCCUACGAUCUCUACUGGCCCCUGGGCGACCUCCUCUGCGUCCUCACGGGCUUUGGCUUCUACAGCGGCAUCUACUGCAGCACCUGGCUCCUGGCGGGCAUCAGCAUCGAGCGCUACCGCAGCGUGGCCUUCCCCGUGCAGUACAAGCUCUCCCGCCGGCCCCUCUACGGCGUGAUCGCCGCUGUGGUCUCCUGCGUCUUGUCCUUCGGACACUGUAGCAUUGUGAUCAUUGUCGAGAACUUGCCGACCAACAAGACGACCCAGCAGGCCCAAGGGCUCCCCGUCUGCUACGAUGACUUUACCGAGGAGCAACUGGCCCUGGUGCUCCCGGUGCGGCUGGAGCUGUGCCUGGUCCUCUUCUUCAUCCCCAUGGCGGUAACCACCUUCUGCUACUGGCGCUUCGUGCACAUCAUGCUGUCCAGGCCGCAGGUGGGAGCCCGCAAGCGCUGGAGAGCGGUGGCGCUGGCUGCGGUGACGCUCUUCAACUUCCUGGUCUGUUUUGGGCCUUACAAUGUGUCUCACGUGGUAGGCUUCAUCCAAAGGAGAAGCCAAAGUUGGCGUGCCUGUGCCGUGUUGCUCAGCGCCCUCAAUGCGUGCAUUGACCCCUUAAUUUUCUAUUUCUCCUCCUCAGCUGUACGCAAAGCUUUUAAUAAAGGGCUGCAGAGGCUACAGGCUUGGGGUGCCUCGCUAUCGGGGUGCUGGAGGGCAAGAACUCAAGAGCAGGCCUUAGAAAAAGGAGAUGGGACAUUAGGGAUGACCAAUAUCAACUUCAGGGGAGACUAGA